GCAAUGAUGAAUGGUAGCCGAGCUUUGAGAAUUUUGACAGCCUGUUAUUCGCGAAAUCUAAGAUUGCGUCAACGAUUUUCUACUCAUCAGGGUUUACAUUUUCGUCUGGCCAUUGUUCGACCAAAUACCGGCUUUCGCUACUUACAUUUGACUUCUAAACGAUUUGACUACCCAGACCAUUCCAAAAUUACUUUCCCUGCACUGAGUCCAACAAUGGAGAUGGGUACAAUUGUUUCUUGGCAAAAAAAGGAAGGCGAUCAACUUAGCGAAGGUGAUUUAAUGUGUGAAAUUGAGACGGAUAAAGCGACAAUGGGGUUUGAGGCACCAGAAGAAGGGUACUUGGCUAAAAUUAUUCUCCCAGAAGGUUCUAAAGAUGUCCCUGUUGGAAAGCUUCUCUGUAUUAUUGUUCAAGACAAAAAUGAUGUUGCCGCAUUUAAAGAAUUUUCUGCCGAUGAAAGUGUGGCUGCUCCGACUCCGCCUGCCAGCGCUCCAGCUGCUCAGGAAUCGACAAAACAAGCUCCUGCAGUCCAAUCUCCAACUCAACCUCCUCCUGAAACUAUGGCCAAAGGAGAUCGAUUAAAAGCGUCACCUUUAGCAAAGAAACUUGCUGGGGAGCAAGGAAUUGAUUUGAGUUCUUUUCCUGGUUCUGGUCCCGGAGGGCGUAUUUUGGCUGCAGAUUUGUCACAAGCCUCUGCACAAGCUCCAAUACCCAGUGGCGCUCCUACUGCUGAAUAUACCGAUAUUCCUUUGUCAAAUAUGCGUAAAACAAUUGCUAAACGUCUUGCAGAAGCAAAGUCAACAAUUCCACAUUAUUAUCUUACAUCUGAAUUGUAUAUUGACAAAUUAAUGGAUGUUCGAAAGAAGCUCAACGCCUUAUUAGAAAAAGAAGCAAAGAAGACUGGCGAAAAGCCACAAAAGCUUUCUAUAAAUGAUUUUAUUAUCAAAGCUUCUGCUUUGUCCUGUCUUCGCGUUCCCGAAGCAAAUUCUUCUUUUAUGGGAAGUUUUAUUCGAGAACAUUUGGGUGUUGACGUUUCUGUUGCGGUUAGUACUCCUUCUGGACUUAUAACGCCAAUUAUAUUUGAUGCACAUACAAAAGGUGUUGCAACUAUUGGAUAUGAAAUUGGAUUACUUGCUGCUAAAGCAAGGGAUGGAAAAUUACAGCCACACGAGUUUCAGGGUGGCACAUUUACCGUUUCUAAUCUUGGCAUGUUUGGCAGCGUUGACCACUUCACUGCUAUAAUAAAUCCACCGCAAUCGUGUAUUCUUGCGAUUGGUGCUGCUAGACGUAAACUUGUGCCCGCUGAAGAAGAAAGCAGUGAAGAAAAGUAUCGAGCAGUAACUUCACUCCAAGUAACUCUCAGUUGUGAUCACCGAGUUGUAGAUGGCGCAGUUGGUGCAGUUUGGUUACAACAUUUUAAACGGUUUAUGGAGGAGCCUAUUACAAUGAUUCUUUGGGGGACCGCGGGAAUGGAUAAAAAGAGAGGGGAUUAGGAAAAUAAAAUAAUAUAUAAUUUUAUUUUUUUAGGAAAAUUGUUACUUUUUUUGUUUCGUUUUUGUGUUUUUAAAUACUUGAUAGAAUUUUUUUGAAUUGUUCCCUUUAUAUUUAAUAUUAUUUUUUAUGUCAAAAAGUAGGCGUAAGCUUAUAGAAAAAUGCUCAGACUUUUUUAGAAUAAAAUAUUUAAAUAAAUUGAAAUAAAAAAUUUUUUGAAUAUGAUAUGGUUAACGAGUUUCCUUCUUUCCCUUUAGGGCUGUUAGCACUGCAGAAAUUAAAAUUACAUUACAAAUAUUUUUACGAAGUAAAAAAUUCCAAAAAUCCUAAAAAUUCGCACGCAAUCUACAAGGAACAAAACACAAUUUCACGCAAGCCAAAGUCCGCAAUUACAGUCGUGGAAAAAAGUAUGGAAGCGCUAGAA